AUACGAGCUUUGUAAAGCGUUCAAAGAUCAAUAUCAAAGGUGAACAAAGCCUGCAGUUUCUGUUGCCAUGGGUUCUCUCACUAUUAUUGCUAGAAAUCUGUAUUCAGUUGUGGGCCCAGGAGUGACGCUUCUGUUUCCUCUGUUUUCAUCGAUGCGGGCUAUAGAAAGCCCUUCGACACUGGAUGAUCAGCAAUGGCUGACCUAUUGGGUUCUCUAUUCCUUCAUCACCCUGUUUGAGCUAUCAAGUUGGAAGGUCCUACAAUGGUUACCAUUUUGGGCCUUCACCAAGCUUUUGUUCUGUAUGUGGUUGGUUCUACCAAAUUUUAAUGGAGCAGCUUAUAUAUACGAGAACUAUGUGAAGAGAUACGUAAAAGUUGAGGCAAAGUUAAGCUCAAACUUCCCAGAGAGACGGGAAAAGGCCAUGGAGAUGAUGAGCCCUGAAGCGCAGAAAUACGUUAAGGACUAUAUAGAUAGAAAUGGACAGGAAGCAUUCGACGAAGUGAUCAAAAUGGCUUUAUUAGAGGCAAGGAGAAAGGAAAGAGUGCAGAAAUAGAAUUUAGACUUUCAGUUCAAGAAUGAACCCUGGAAAUGUAUAGUUGGGAAGAAAUGUAUAUGGUUUGGUUUC